ACAUGACUGUGUGCUAAUUUUUUUACAGGAUUGCAUUGGGGCUAUUGAUGGUACUCAUGUGACUGCAAAGGUACCGAGAUCAAUGUCUGCAGCAUUCCGCGGGAGGAAGCACUACACCAGCCAGAACGUGCUAGCAGCUGUGGAUUUCGAUAUGAGGUUCACCUACGUGCUUGCUGGGUGGGAGGGUUCAGCUCAUGAUGCGAGCAUCCUAGCCGACGGCUUGGCAAGGCCUGAUGGGUUGCAAAUCCCUGAGGGUAAGUUCUACCUUGGAGAUGCUGGAUAUGCAUGCCGACCUGGUAUUCUACCUCCCUUCAGGAAAACAAGGUACCACCUCAACGAGUUCUCUGCGAAGCACCGACCUCAGAAUGCGAAAGAGUUGUUCAAUCUGAGACACUCAAGCCUUAGAGUCACCAUUGAGAGGGCCUUUGCUGCAUUGAAGAACAGGUUCAAGGUCCUUGACCAAAAACCGUUCCACACUUUUGACACUCAAGUAAAGCUGGUCCUUGCUUCCUGCAUUCUUCACAACUGGAUCCUAGGUUGGGGCGAGGAUGAGUUCUUCGAAGAGGUUGUCACUUAUGAUGAAGUAGAGACCGGCCAUGGCGUGGAGGCAGGCGACAAUGAUGCCUGGAAGGAGAAGAGGCUAGAGUGGGCACAAGCAAUAUGGGAAGCCAGAGGCAACACCACCAUCUGA